CUCGUCAGUGCUCAGUCGGUCUCGCGGCGUCAUGCGCGCGCGUCGCUGUCGAUUUCAAAUCUGAACCGAGUCGUGUCUUGAGAAUAACAGCAGUGUUGAUAGUGGAUAUGUUGUGUGGUUAUGCUUGAUCGAAUUUUGGACAUGGUCGCCCGUUUGGUGUCAGGCACCAGUGCUCUGUAGCGGUUGCGUCGUCCCUUUACACCACAAUAAUUAUAUGUACGUGCUAAUCGCGAUUAUAUCCAAUAAUUAUCAUAAGCAAUCGACACAACUGCUAUUUCACUAACAUUUCCAUAAAGUGAAUGACAGUGACACUAUGAAGAACAAGUGAUACAAAUGUAAAAUCGUCUUCUGAUUUCCAAAAUGAACCGCGAUUACUAUAGAGUGAUGUACAAUAGAAACUCGAACCGUCCCACGCGUGAUAUUCUCGACAAUGAGACUGAGUUCAAUGCUAACCAAUUCAAACUUUACGAUGACUUCACAACAGACCUCCGCAUUAACUUUAACUCGAUUAGAAACUUCCACGAAGUUAUGAGAAACGAGAGACGAAGAGCCGAUCUGAACGAUUCCGGCGUCGAUCUCGAGAACGGAAAUCCACUGGAUGACGUUACCGCUAACGAUAGAGAUUUGUUGGAGAACGAAGUUAUGGUAGAUCCUUGGAGCAGUAUGGACUCAUCCAAUUCGCCAUUAACAGAUUCCGGACCAUCAGCUAGCGACGACUGCACUCCGUCUACCUCCAGUGAAACACGAAAUCCUAUAAAUGUCUCAUCUCCAGAAUCACCGGACACGCGCCGCAAACGGGAAUCAAAGGACACGCAGAAUACGUAUCAGGCCAAACAGAAACAAAUCGCAGACAAGGCGCGUGCCCGUGACUUCACACUGGACUUAGAGACGUUACCAGACGCCAUACCCCGCCGCUCAAACUUUCUCGAUGACGAGUUUCAACUUCAUUUAAAAACUAAUUUAGAAUGUAGGAUUCCAAAACCUCAUUUUUUAGACCACUCUCCGUCACCCGAUGAAUUUGACGAACGAAGCGAUAUCACCAAUCCCAAUUUCCUUGAAGAUGACGAUGUCGAUGAUAAUCAAGUACAAAAGAAAGGAGCUCUUCCAAAAAGACAGACGAAACCUCAGUCUUCCUCACAAGACGAUAGGCCACAUCGAACUAGUUAUCGAAGCGCUUUACAUUACGGACUCGAAAACGCAGCUAGAUCGAGUGAACGGCAUAAAAGAGCAUCCCAGCUGUAUACCGGGACCUGGCCGGGAGAACGUGACGUGUGGACAGGUCAUGAUACUUCGAGCGUUCGCAGCUUCUCGAGCAACGGUUCCAGUGACUGUCCCAGACCAUCGUCAAAUCUAGAAAACAAAAUGGAGUGCGUGUGCUCCUUGAUUUCCCUGCUCAGUUUAUCUCCCGAAAACAAUGCAGAUUUGAGCGGACCACUUUUAGAUAUGAGCAGGUCAGUCGAAAGUUGUAUAGCAAUGCGACAAGCUGGUUGUAUACCACUAUUAGUGCAAUUAAUUCAUUGUAAAGUCGCCAGAGAAACUAGAGACCGCGCCGCUAAAGCGCUGAGAAACAUUAUUCACACACAGACAGAUGACAAAGCGGGUAGGCGAGAGGCCCGGGUGUGGAGGCUAUUAGAACAAGUCAGAGAGUACUGUUACUCCUUGGAAGAUAUAGUAGAAAAUAGGAAAGAAGGGAAGGAAGCGUUAGAGGACGAUACGACAAAACAUCCAAGUCAAAGCGUGGCCGCUUUGAUGAAGUUAUCGUUCGAUGAAGAACAUAGACAUGUCGUCUGCCAGCUCGGGGGUCUCCAGGCGUUAGCGGCGUUAGUGAGCGGAGACCAAGCGGCACACGGGAGCAGAACCGAUGACAGCACGUGUUUGACGAUGCGAAAAUACGCGGGAAUGACUUUAACCAAUUUAACGUUCGGCGACGGAAACAAUAAGUCGUUACUUUGCUCGUUUAAAGAUUUUAUGAUGGCGCUCGUCGAACAAUUGGAGUCGCCCAAUGACGACAUGCGACAGGUCACCGCUGCCGUCCUAAGGAACUUAUCUUGGCGCGCGGACACGAACAGCAAGCAAGUCCUCCGAGAAGUUGGCGCAGUAAAAGGUCUCACCGAGGCCGCCAUGACCUGUCAAAAGGAAGCCACGCUCAAAUCGGUGCUUUCCGCUCUAUGGAACCUCACAGCGCACUGCUCCAUGAACAAAGUGGCUCUGUGUUCGGUGGACGGAGCUCUAGGCUUCCUAGUAGAUAUGCUCAGUUACAACUCUCCCACGAAAACUUUAGCGAUCGUCGAGAACGCAGGUGGCAUCAUGCGGAAUGUGUCCAGUCACAUUGCCGUCCGCGAAGAUUACAGACAGAUUCUCCGCGAGAGAAAUUGUUUGAGUGUUCUUCUUCAGCACCUCAAGUCUCCGAGCCUGACCGUAGUCAGCAACUCUUGCGGCACUCUGUGGAAUUUGUCCGCGAGGUGCCCGCUAGAUCAGCAGUUUCUGUGGGACCAAGGGGCGGUGCCGAUGCUCAGGAGUCUCAUACACUCGAAACACAAAAUGAUAGCUAUGGGAUCGAGCGCCGCUCUCAAAAAUCUUUUGAAUUCGAAACCCGGAAAGACGCACAUAAUAUCUUUGGACACGACGGCGAGAAACAUGAACUUGCCGGCGUUACCGACUCUGGGUGCCAGAAAACAGAAAGCGCUAGACCAAGAAUUGGACCAAAAUUUAGCCGAAACCUGUGAUAAUAUAGAACCGGCGACGUCUCCGUCGACGAGCAACCGAGAAGAAAAGAAUCUCUUCGUCGCCACGGAAAGGCAAAUAGCGAUGAAUCUGGAGAGACAUAGGAUGACGUCCAGUUCUCCCUUAAUGGGGACACUAGCGUCGCAGAUAUCGUUGAGUCAUAGUGCUAAUCUGGCUAGCUAUUUAAGUUGCAGCAACACGUUGCUGAAGGGAGCGUUAACAUCUCGCUCGGCCAGCGGAGGCAGUGCCAAUGACGUCAAUAGAUCAGACAGCAAAGAUUCAGUGACGAGCACGCAUUCUGAUUCGGUCUUCGAAAAAGUGAUGCGGACUGGAAAAGUGCCUGUUCCGACGCCGAGGAAUAGGGAUCUCAUGAAAGCCGAUAGCGCCGAGGGGCCGCAGGGCUAUGGAGCGCUCUCAAAGAACGCAGCUCCCGUCCCUCCGCCGCGUAGCUCGACAGAUUCGAGAACUAAUUAUACAGAAUCCGGUUAUGACGUCGACCAGGAUUCUUGUGACCAACCUAUCGAUUUUAGUAGAAAAUACUCGGAGACCAAAAUAGUCGAAUCCGAACCUGUCGACAAAGUGAAGAUUCCAAACAAAAAGUACACAAAGAAAGAGAGCGGCACCUUUGGCGAUUAUCAAGAAACGGACUUGGAUCAACCUACCGAUUAUUCCCUUCGCUACGCCGAACACCAGUCGGAGACCGGGUCAGAUAUUUCGGAACCACCCGGGCCUUCGAUCAACGAGGACACCAUAAAACACUUCGCCACGGAGGGCACUCCUUACGAGACUCCCAUAAUCUUCUCCACGGCGACGUCUAUGUCCGAUUUACGCGUGAUCGGCAAAGACGGAAAGCCGAAAACGUCCGGCGUAAAGGAGAACCCUGAAGUUAUGACACAUUCCGAUGAAAAAGACACUUGUUCGAUCGAAGAUCCCCCGAGGCACGAUAACGACGUGGCCAUGUCGACUCCGCAAACGUCCGAACCGGUUCCGGAUAAGAGGGAGAUAUUCGACACGAAAUUCAGCUCGGGGACGAUCAGUCCGGAGAAACCCGUCAACUACUGCGACGAGGGUACCCCCGGAUAUUUCUCCAGAGUCAGCUCCCUGAGCAGUAUAGGCGAGCCGACCGAAGAGGACUGCCUGGCCAAGAGAAACGCCCAGGCCACCAUCAACGUCGAUCCCGGCCUACGAGAUCGAAGCACUGGCAGUUCCGGAAAAGACAAAGAAGCUGCGAAAGCGGUGACGUUCGCCAGUGAGCCGGUGGAAAUGCAGGACGCGUCGGGGACGACGUCGGCGCGGACAUCUUCGCCCCAACGCUUCAUCGAGGAGACCCCGCUCAUGUUCUCGCGAUCGAGUUCAUUGGGUUCCGUACCCGAGUGUGAGCAUCAGGACGAUCAGGGCUCCGUGGUUUCCGAAGUUAGCCGGCUAACUUCGGGAUGCAUAUCCCCGAGCGAGAUCCCCGAUUCUCCGGGUCAGAGCGUCCCGCUGUCCCCUCGGUCUCGGCACAGGGCUCGAGAUCCGCCGACGGAACCCCCCACGCCCCCUCCGCCGGAUUGCGUCGCGGGCUCGGUGUUCGAGGAGCGCGUGUCCCGGUUCGUGGUGGAGAACACUCCGGCGCAUUUCUCUCGGAACACCAGCCUCUCCAGCCUCACCAUCAACGACGAGCCUAAGUCGUCUCCUUUGGCCGACACGACCAAUCCGGACGCCGACACGUCAGCGGAAAAUAUCGAGCCCGAAGUGGACGAUGACGACGGAGACCCGGACCUCCUUCCCGAUCUGGGCGGAUUCAACAAGCGACCGAAAGGCAAUCAGACCCCCGGAGACACGUGCAAAGUGUACUUCACCGAGGACACGCCCGCCGUCCUGUCGAAGGCGGGCAGCAACUCCAACCUGUCGGUGCUCUCCGUGGAGUCCUCGGCCGUGGGGCUUCGCCCCGCCGACACCUCGGAUAGCUCCAACCUGAGCGACGCGGGAGAUCUGCUCGAGGAGUGCAUCCGGAAGGGCAUCGCCCAGGUGGUGAAGAACAAAGGGCCUUCGUCCGACGCGUCCCCGGUCCACGCCCACCGCGUCAGGGACGACGUUUACAGGUCGCUGCCGUCCUAUCUGCGCUCCUCCACGGAGACCGUUCUGGCGUCCCACGACCAGGCCCUGGCCAGAAGCGUGCGGGACAGCGUGAGUCCCUCGGGCCCCCCUCCGCUGCCCCCCAAGACGCCUCCCCGAGCCCCUCCGAGGCCCCCCGCCGUCCACUCUGCGCCGCGCUUCGACGAAGUCGCGAGUGCGGAACGGCGGAGCGAGCCCGAGCACCCCGGCGCGACGACUCUCGCCGGGAACGACUCGCUCAGCUCCCUCAGUCUGGACUCCUUCGGCUCCACGGACAGAGAGAUCUUCGAGGAGACCGUCGAGGCGGGGCUGUCCAGCGUCAAGCCCGACGCCCGCUACGUCGACGACCGUUCCGGGGGAAAGGCUCGCUCCGGGGUCGACGCGCAGCCGAGGCACCACAAGUCCCUGGACAGAAGCGACAAAAUCACCCGGCUCGAGCUCCGACUGCGGGACCCCGAUUUUGACCGCCGGACGUGGUCCGACGGCGCCAAGGGGGCGGGGCCGGGGCCCCGUCUCGGGGAGGGGUCCGCCCGCGCCGGGCGGCGGCUCGGUCGGCUUCGCGACGGCGGCCCUCCCGGGUUACCGGCCGGGGUCGACCGCGGGCGGGACCGGAGCGACUCGCCGAGCUCGCUCAGCAACGACUCCUUCGGCUCCACAGACAAGGAGGUGUUCGAGAGGUGCGUGCGCAUGGGCAUGACGAAGCCGGCCGAGAGGCGCGGCCGAAGCGACGACCGUCUCGAGGCGCGAGAGUCCAGACGCCGCAAGAAGGAGAAGACGCGCGGAGCCCUCGACAGGAUGGUCGGCGAGGAGUACUCCAGGGACCGAGCCGUCCUCGAGGAGGCGAUCGCCCGCGGCGCCGGCGAGCGCCGGAGUCGGCCGCGCAGCCCCGACGAGGAGUCGAAGUCAAAAAACGUUCCGGCGCCGCCUGCGCUUCUCGCGGUCGCAGGCGCGCGCGCCGAUCCCGCGCGAGAAACUGGCUCUGACCCGACCGACUUCGACGUUCGAUCGCACUCCAUCAUCUUUUUCAGACCGACCGAGCGGGCCGCGGUCCACUCGGACGCCGCCCUCGAGGCCGAAAUCGGUCGGUCCAACGAGUGCCUCGCCCCGGAGACCGCCGACGCGACCGUCGAGUCGGAGAAAGGCGAGCUCGACAGAUCCAACGAGUCGUACGCCGACGUGUCGGAGGGCUCCCGGAGCGACGACUCCCAUCGGCAGGGCGACGCGGGGACGCUGACCCGCAAGGGCGCCGACGAAGUCUCCAAGCACGACACGUGGAACGAGAACACCUGUCCCGACGACGUCACGUUCCCGACCGUCAGCGGAUCGGUCCAUCUGAUGACGUCCGUCGGGAGCGAUCCGGGAGACCCGGCCUCCGCCCUCCCCGACCUGCUCGAGAAGAGUGACGCUCGUCGUAUAUUUUUGCGACCCGAUCUGACGGAUGAACUCGGCGACGCGAAGGGCGAGGACCGACCGCUCUUGGACGACGUGCCGGAGCCCAGUUACACGUCGCUCGUGGAAGACGGCGAACAGAAGUUCGACUCGCUGAUGGCGGACGCGAUAGAGAUGGAGGCGGCCCGGCUGGCGGCGCAGCUGAAGCUGUCCCUGGAGAACGCGACGUCGACCUCGACCUCUAUGGAUCUGGAUCGCGUGAAUCCGCCCUCGAACUUGGGAAGCCUGCUCUCGUUGAGUGCCUCCGGGCAGUGGGAUGACGCGUCCGCGCACACGCCCAAAAGGAGCCAAAAGACUAGGAAGAAGUCCCUCCCGGUCGCGUCCAUGGUGAAGCGGGCGCUGAGUAACUCUCAUCAUUUGGGCAGCUCCGAACAUCUCGACCUCCACCAUGUCACCUUUCUAGAUAACGUCAAACCGCCUUCCGAGAUGGAGAACGUCGACAUGGAAGGGAGCAUGAUAUCCGUGUCCAGCAUCGUCUCGGAAGUGGCCGAUCCGAAAGAUAGGCCGCCGAUCGUCUUCGACUUCGGACAACCCGUGCGAGAUUUUCCUCUCUGUCCCGCCCUGACCGGCGCGUUCCACGACCUGGACAAAGUCAACCCGCCCUCACUUUUCGACGAGAUGGUGGAGUCCACUCUGGAACUGGAGCAGACGACCGCGCAACGCGUCUUCGAAGACUGCGAAUCCACGUUGAACGUCGUCACCGACAUCCCCUCCGGUUCGGACGACUGCACGCCUCUGCCUUCCGACGUCGGCAGCGCCGAAUCGACUCCGAAGAGGCUGAGAAACCCCGCGUACUUGACGCCGAAAGACAAACGAAGAGUAUCCAACGACAGAUAUCAAACUUACACGAUUAAAGAUACGGUUUUGCCGAACGAGUUCACUCUGGAGACCGAGGAACCGGAGGAGUAUCUCACUUGGACCAAAUCCGAAAGCGACAGAUCCGAGGAAUACGUGACCGCCAAUUCCGAAUCCCAGUCGAAGAGGCGAGUGAGCGCGAAGCAACGGCGUCUGGAGGACAGAGCUAGGUACCAGACCCAGACGGUCGACGUUCGCGACGUAUUGGCGCCCGAAGCAUCCGCGUCCGUCCGUCCGAAGGGGGUCGAUCCCGAAAUAGAAAGUCUGAAGCGACGAUUGGCCGCGAAGAAGACGAUCAAACAGAAGCGCAUAGAAGACGCCGAGAGGUACAGAACUAGAACGCUCAGCGAGGACAUCCCUCCCUCCCCUACGUUCGUCACGAAGGAUGCUAAUUUUGAAAAUGUCGAAACUACGACCGGCUACGACAGCUUAUCCUCGAACGAACCGAAUCAUCAACAGAUAUUGGACGAACGAAACUGUGACGACGUCUUUAGAGAUGUCGACAGCGGACACAACGAGGAUGACUUCGAGUUGAAUGCUGCUCACCUAGAGACGUACACCAAAAGUUUUCGGAACUAUCUGCCGGUCGUAGAGAGUCCGGCCUCGGUGGACUUGUGCGUGGUCAACAAUUUGAAAAACAUUGAAAUGACAGCGUCGUAUCGGCGAGCGUUACAAAGCGAUAAAAAUCAAAAUCCGAGCACUAGCGACUUCGCGAGUCUGGAAGGCGACACCAAUUCUGAAGGCCGAGCUCGAUCUGAAUCGGAUACAGAGGUGAAUUCGAAUCCACCGAAACCCAAAAUAGUCAAGCCGGAAUUUCGAAGGGACAAAAGUUUGGACUCCAACGACUCGGGUGAUAGAGAGCAGGAGAGUCCGAAGCCCGUCAGAGGGAGGAAGAAAGCCGUCUACGUAUCUCCGUAUCGGAGAAACACGCCGGCGCCCAAGAAAGCCGCGAUCCCCCAAGUGAAGCCCGUUCCGAAAACGAACACUCCAAAACCGUCCACGUCUCCCAAAUCAAAUUUAUCUUCCAAACCGAUUAAAACUCCACCGAAAGUCGCGAGUGCUAAUUCUUCCCCUAAAAAGUCAUUUCCGAGUCAACCUCUCACCAAAACGACGCAAAAGGUUUCGGCGACACCCUCCGCCGGCAAAUCCGCGCCUCUGGUUCGACAGGGAACCUUCACUAAGGAAGAGAGUUCAGUUCCACCUAAGAAUCUUCCGAUACAAGAAGCGAAGACCACCUCGGGCGCAAGAAGCGCGACGUCUCCGACAAAACCGUCGGCCAACACGUCUCCUUCGAGGCUUCCUCAGUUCAGCCGCCCGCGAGCGCAGACUUCGAAAGCGACACCCAGACCGAACCAGACCAAGACUUCGGCCCGACGCAACGAAACCGCUUUAAAAAACUCCCCGUCCAGCCAGAGCCUACAGAGCAACGACAGCGGGAAGACCGUCGUCCUCGCCCGAGGCUCUCGACAGGGCAGCGCCUCCAGCUUCAACUCGAGUUCUUCGCCGAAACAGAAGGACGUCGAGAGUAAAAUAGCAAGUCUCUGGAGGAGAGCGGAACAGACGCGCAAGUUGCCCGCGAGGAGCGACCAACCGACCGAAGCGCCAAAACUGAUCAGAAGCUCCACUUUCGAGGGCCGACCCGAGCGGGCGGUCUCCGCGGCGACGAAACAGAAGACCGCGAUAGGCCUCAGAAUAUCUCAAAUACCCAGCCCCAGGCCCAAGUCGACUCCGGCCGCGAAGCCCGUCGGAGCCCUCAAGAGACCGGCUUUCGCCAAGGGACCGAGAAGACCGAGCGGACAAGUGACGUCAUGAACGCUCUCUUCGUGCAAUACAUAGACCGACUCUUCUCAUAUUUAUAUAUGUAUAUCUGUUGCAUUUAUUCAAUUAGUAAUCUGCCCCCCUUAGGAGGGAGCACUCGCGAGUCUAAUUCGGUAUUUGGCAAGCGUAACAGUAUGUUUCGAGUCAGUUCUGCGGCGUAAGGUGAACUUAAUCCGACAAAACGUUAAACUCGACGAAUGUAAAUAGUUCGCUUCGUCGACCGAGUUAACCGACUUAGGGUUACCAUUUCGCAUAUUUGUAUAUUUUCAUAAUAGCGUAAGGUCACAAGGUAUCGGAGUAAAAACGGCGACAUAUUGAGCUAUGUCUACUUUUUUACGUCUAGUCAGAUAUUCGGAUAAGCGAAGGUUUCAAUCGGCUUUUAGGAAAGCUUCCGCCAAAACAUUCAGUUUCGGUCAAACGAAUCCGCUCGCUUCGCCGAUUUCUAUCGAACCAAAUGUAUUCACGGUAGUUCCACAAAUCACUUCCACGUCUAAUGGCUUAGAACUGAUUUUACUGACUUUUUACUUUAUAUAAUACUUUAGUUCUGUUUCGACAAACAUAGGUUAUGUGAACCCGUUUAGCUAAAUACAUUUAUGAUUAGUUCGUAAGGUGCGUAUUUGAUAAUAAUAAAAACUACAUCAAGCCAAA